AUGACUGUAAAACUAUUGAACCAGAAAUUUAUCCAGGGCAAUUUUGAGCGUGGACAUUUAUUUACCGAAUUCAACAAGCAACAAUUGUUGCUAAUAGACAGCCAGGAUAAUGUAUGGCAACAUCGAGUAGGUGUACCCGGAUCAAUAGUCAAAGGUCGGCUGAAUAGCCAGUAUGAAAACCCGCGUACCAUACCGGAGCUAUCGGGUACAGGUAUUAUCAGAUUUUUCAACGGCUAUCACUAUGUACUGGGAUUGACCCGAUCGCGUACGGUCUACGCCUGGGGCGUCAACAAUUUCGGACAGUUAGGUCGCGGCCAACGUCACGCCUACCCGGAGCUACAGAAACCGGAGAAAGUUGAACAACUCGGCAAUAUUGUACAACUGGCCUGCGGUGCCGCACAUUCAAUGGCAUUGACCGGCGACGGACAGGUCUAUUCGUGGGGACACAAUGUCAAUGGCCAGUUAGCCUUGAAUAUGGACGCCGAUUGGGUACUGGUGCCGACAAAAAUCAAUUUCGAUACCUAUGCGGGGGCGGCGGCCAUAAGUUUCAUACACUGUUGCCAUAAUAGCUCGUUUGCCAUCACUGGAGACGGUCGGGUCUACUCGUGGGGUAUGAACUGGAAGAAAGUGUUGGGCACUGAACAUACGGAUCAGAUUCAGAUACCGGUGCCGGUUAUGAUCAAUCUGGUCAACAUUGUGGCCGUCGUCAGCAAUAAUAUCAAUACAUAUUUUCUCAACUCGGACGGUCUGAUCUACUAUUGCGGCGAACAGCAGCCGACACCACGUUUGACUAGUAAAUCGAAAUACAUAUCCCUUUGCUUACUGGAUAGUUGCUAUCCAAACAUACCGGUGCUGGCCAUAGCCGAAUCAGUUGGUCUGUGCGAGUUACGGGCCGCCGAUGAAGUGGUCAGUCUAGGAAAUGACUAUUCAAACUAUGAGGACUACUAUCUAAACAAAUAUAAUUUGACAUUUAAUUUGAUUGAUUUCAAAUGCAAACAAUUUGUCGACUAUUUUAUCUAUGAUAAGCACACCAGGGAUGAUGCUGUUGAGGAUGACAUCACAAAAUAUACUAAUAGUGUUAUCGAUAAAUUUAAACAAAACUAUAAUCUAAUGGUCAAAUCGUUUUGCGUGUUCCCGAUGGCCGGCGGCGGCGGCGGUGUCAACGCAAUGUUCAUUACAUUAGGCGACCAGUGCUACGGUUUUGGUACCAAUUCGGACGGUUCGCUUGGUUUAGGUCAUCGAGCACCGGUACUUGAACCACAUCUAAUCAAACAGCUAUCCUACCAGGGUAUCCAGGAACUGGUUCACGGUGACGAUUUCAUUGUGGCCAUCGACCGGCAAUCAAAACUGUAUACGUGCGGCCAGAAUCGACACGGCCAAUUGGGCCGGGGCGAUAUCGAUACCGGUGCAUUUGGACCGGGCAAUAACUAUCUGUACGAAUCAAUCUAUAUGCCCAAUAAUCGGCAAAUCAUUCAGCUGACCAGUGGAUCGCAUCAUACACUGGCGCUGACUGCCGACGGCCAACUGUACGGCUGGGGUGACAAUCACUGGGGACAGGUUGGUUGCGGCAAACAACUGGGUAUGAAAAGUGCCAAAAAUACACACUCAUACAAACCGACUCAGCUGAUGGCAUUGAAAAAUGUACACUACGUCCACUGUGCCGGUAAUACAUCCAUGGCACUGACCAAAUCCGGCCGUCUGUACAUAUGGGGACAGACAUCAUUGACCAGCACCCAUAUGAAAACCAAUACCUACGAGGAAUAUCCCAGGGAAAUUGUUUUCGGCGGCACAAUAACACCAUCAAUUGAAUUGGACCGGGUGCUAAUUACUAGUUUUAAUAAUCAAUUGUUUAAAAUUUAUUUCCUAACCAAACAACAUGAUCUAUAUGUGUGUUCAACAAUUGAAAAAUUAUAUACAAAUAAUUGGAAACUAACUGAUGAAAAUGAUCUAUUAUGGGUAUCGAUAUUGAAUGGACUAGAAAAUGAGCUAGUUAAAAUUCAUACCGAUCAUAAUCAAUUUGAUGACUAUUAUCUAGAAACUUAUCGUUCAACCAAUCAUCUAGUCAAUCAAUUUAAUCUAGAUAAUUUAGAUCUACUACCAUCAUCAUCAUCAUCUACUAAUAUGAAAAAUGGCAAUGCUAGUAGUAGUAGUAUAGAUGCUGAUAAUGCUGAUGAUAAUGUAUUGCCAAAAAUGUUAGCUGAUCAAUUUGAAAUUAUUAGCGAAAUUGGCCAAGGUAAAGGCCAAUAUGGCAAAAUCUAUCAUAUUAAACAAAUUGAUCAGGGACAAUCGUAUGCGCUUAAAUCAUUGAAAAUUGAUACCGAUAAUUGUUCCGAAUCAAAUAUGGAAUUAGAUAUACUAAUUAGUCUACAAAGUGACCAUGUUGUUAAAUUUCAUAAUGCAUGGCAAUUGGAUAGUCAACUAUUUAUUCAAAUGGAUUUAUACGAUCAGGAUCUGGAUAGUGUACUAGAAAACAAGCACCGGGCGUUUGGUCGGGCACAGGGCGACCGACUGGAUCCUAUUGAAUAUGUACUCACUUGUCAACUACUACAGGAGCUGAUCGCUGGUCUAGAUUAUUUACAUAGUCAUCAGCCGCCGGUAAUACACCGGGAUCUUAAACCGGCCAACAUAUUGGUGGCGUCGGCUAACAGUCCAGCAGCAGCAGCUAAUAGUACCGCCGGCACAACAACAUGUAUGAGUGGCUAUCUAAAAAUAAGCGAUUUCGGACUGUCCACCUAUCAUGAACGUCAAUCGAUUAGUCAUACACAGGGAACGGGAACACCGUUAUAUAUGGCACCGGAAGUGUCAUGGGGUAGAUCUUAUAAUGAAAUGGCAGAUAUUUACAGUUUGGGUAUUCUAACCCAAGUAUUGUUUAAUUGGUAUCUAAGCGAUUCCCAACAGUACUCGUUGAACGCCAACACCAUAACAGUGUUCGAGGCUCGAAUCGGACACCUAUUUUUGGCCAUCAAACAAAUGUACGCCCAAGUGUACGCCGAAAGACCGUCGGCCCGACAGUUGGCGGAGCGGUCAUCUAAUUGGACAAUAAAUCGUACGGAAAUUAUCGGCGCCGGACUGUUUCGCCAGAAACCUCAGUCGCUUAAGCGUCCCGAAAGUCAACUGUUUCGCCGUAUGUUUACCGAUAGGCGGCACGAGUUGGGCAUCAAAUUUGAUAAAAAAUUUGUACCAACUUUACCGCCAUAA